UAAAUGGCUGUCUGAUUGUGUAGGUUAAUUUGUUAUUGUUUUAUUCAUGUUUUGAAGAUAAAGAAACAUUAACAUAAAUUCUCUCAAUUGUUAGAGCAAAUUAUAUCAAAAUGGCUUUGCGGACGUACGGCGAUAAGCCGAUAAGUUUUCAAAUUGAAGAAGGUGGAGAUUUUUACUGUGUUGGAUCAGAGGUGGGUAACUAUUUACGUCUAUUCCGUGGAUCUUUAUACAAGAAAUACCCUGGCAUGUCCAGGAGGACACUCACAAAUGAAGAACGAAAACGAUUAGUUGAUAAUGGCUUAGGUCCCCAUGUCUUGUCUAGCUCCGUGUCUCUCUUGAAGGCUUCUGAAGUCGAAGACAUUAUUGAAGGCAAUGAUGAGAAGUAUAAGGCAAUUUCAGUAAGUCAAGAGCUGGCAACACCUAGAGAAGGUAAAACAAAGAAGCCACAUAAUCCAUCAUGGCUGCCAGUGAUGCCAAACUCCUCUCACUUAGAUGCUGUACCACAAGCAACACCAAUAAGCAGAACAAGAGUUCAUAAUAAAAAGGUGCGCACUUUUCCACUGUGUUUUGAUGACACUGAUAUGAGUUCAAUGCUGGAGAAUGCCUCACAGAAGCAAAUUUUGGUACCAAUUAGACUUGAUAUGGAGAUAGAAGGACAAAAACUGAGGGAUACAUUCACAUGGAACAAAAAUGAAUCAAUUAUAACCCCGGAGCAGUUCGCCGAAGUAUUAUGUGAUGACUUGGAACUAAAUACUAGUACAUUCAUCCCGGCGAUUGCGUCGUCGAUCCGACAGCAAAUUGAGGCAUACCCAAGUGAACCUCCCGCCCUUUUGGAAGAACAAACUGACCAGAGAGUUAUCAUUAAACUUAAUAUACAUGUUGGAAACACAUCUCUUGUAGACACGAUUGAAUGGGAUAUGUCUGAGAAAGAAAAUAACCCUGAGCAGUUUGCAAUGAAACUAUGUGCUGAACUAGGCCUGGGUGGAGAGUUUGUGACCGGGAUAGCAUACAGUAUCAGAGGUCAACUGAGCUGGCAUCUGCGUACAUAUGGGUUCAAUGAGGCUCUACCCACUGUAGAGACGCCGUACCGCCAACCGUCGGAUGCCGAGAUCUGGGCUCCACACCUGGAGACCCUCACGAAUGCUGAGAUGGAGAAGAAGAUUCGAGACCAAGACAGAAACACGAGGAGAAUGAGACGCUUGGCUAACACUACUCCUGAUGUAUCUCUGAGUCGCGCUGUCAACCGACUCAUCAGAGCAGAUGAAGUGUUGUUCCCGACUACGCCGGAGAAGAGGAGGAAGAAAAUAUAAUUGCAUAAAGACCACAGCAUUGGUUUAUUUUUUUAUUAUAUUUUAUUAAUUAUGUAAUACUAUAAGUUUUUAUUUAGGCAGGAGAUAGGUUAUCAUUUCAAAAUAGUCCUAAUGAAUGUAUUUUGUGAAAAACGCACUUUAAUGUUUAUGAGUUAUAUUAUGCAGUAACUUUUUAGAAGAACUAAGAAUUAAAUAUCAUUUAUCAAAUUUUUGGUAAAAAGAAAUAUUUUCAUUUAUAAUAAUAAAAUAAGAGAAAACACAUCAACAACCAUUUUAUAAAUAGUAAAAAAGAAGGAAUGUCCAAAGUUUUACAAACAUUAAUAAAAGUGUUCAAUUUAUUUCAUCAGGUUCAAAUCAUAAUUUAUAGCUGCCGAAGAUACCUGUAUUCCUCACGAGACUCAUCAAAUAUUUGUAUUUUACUUCGCUAAUGGGUAAAACCUGGAAGCACACUGUCAGUGACCUGAUUAAAAAUGUGUUCCUUAAUUUGAAAUAAAAUUAUAAAAAUAAUUAAAAGUGGAAUGCUCUUUAACAUCAUAACAUUAUGCAUUACUUAGUAGCCUACACCAACCUGACAUGGACUCAAUUGUGGUGACCUUUCCACAAAAGCCACAAUAUAAAGAUUAAAAUAGAAAAGAAUGUGUUUCCUAUCUGCUCACUUGAACCUGUAAUGUCAACCUAGCAUUCUGCAUCGUCUAUAGGAGAUAUGACAGCAUCGAAGAAAUUUUUCUGGUUAAUACCAGUGGCUGCUUUACAUAAAAUGUGAUGCAUAACCACACCUGGAUGAUAACCUCAAUGGCGCAUUUCGCAGUAAAUUACACCUGGCACAGCCAUUUUGUGGAAUCAUAUUCUGCAGGAUGAAGGACCCCUAAAUGUAAGGUCGUACUUCCACUUCUAAAGCCGGCAACAGCUCCUGAUCUCUGGUGUAGCAAUGUUCACGGGCGGCUGUUUAUCAUUUUCCAUUAAGUUUCAUGUUAUGCUGUCCUCCUUAUAUUAUAAAUAAAACUACUUCUAAACAUAUUUACAGGGAGCAGGCUGUUGAUAUGCUCACUAUUAUAAUUGAAUCAUAAAAUUGCCGAUCCAUGUCCAAGGAUGGUUAGCCUGACUUGAUUGUCUUGGCAUUAUAUGUUGCUAGGUCUUGUAGUCUUGCCGAAUUCGGGAAUUAUUAGCACCCCCUGCCCCGGUUGUUUAUCGUGCUGCUACCGAAGCCACCACGAGUGGGGCCGCCGGGAACUGUGGGCCGGGGUCUUACAGUGUCUGUCAUUUGUCAUUUUGCGCGGUUGUAGCAUAAUCGCCACGCUUGGCAGGUGGUUUGGCGAACAUAGUAGAUGUUGAUGCUCUCUCGGAAGGAAGCUGCUACUCAGUUUCUUUUCUUUCCAUCCCUUAGUCGCCUCUUACGACACCAACGCGAGAUGGGAUGGUGUUAUUCUGUUGCGACUUGCCUAUUUGCCCCCUCUAAUAUUAUAAAAAAAAAAUUUACGUCAGCCAUAUCCAAGACAUAAGUCUAGUCUUCAUUCGUACCAUACGAAAAAUACUCCACAUGGAAAUGAAUGUUAUAUUCCCCGGAGGAAUUUCAAGCCUCUGACUUCGACUUAGGAGACAGACUUAUUCCACCUUUAUUAAAUGGCACUACGAAGUUCUCUUGGACUGAAAUAUUAUAAUAUAGGAUAUUAUGUAAUUGUUUAAGCAUUUCUUAUAAUGUGUUUUUGGUUAAGUGUGAAAUUGUGAGAAAAUAAGUAAAAGUUCUUCAUAA